AUGAUCCAAAGUUCACUUGGCGCAGACUAUUCAAAACAAUAUGCAGACUUUAUUGAGGCAUUCGAAAAGCUUUUCCAAAUCAAAUAUGAGGAAUCUAUUGAAGAUAUGUGCAAUAUGAUAACAAACGUUUUGAUAACGAAGUAUCAACUUUCAAUCAAGCGACUUACAAAGAUUGUCAUCAUGGCAUUUCAAUACAAUUAUUCUUCUAGAGAGAAUUACAUCAGAAUACUCAAACAUAUCGGGGCUGACUUUCAUGAAAUUUCGGAUACACAAUUCCCAAUGGAGGAUUCAAUUGAAUUUAUAGUUAUGCAUGACCAAAUUGAUAAGUUCAAGGAGUAUAUUACCCAACAAAGUAUAGAGCAGGAACCAUAUUUUCUUGAAAUUCCUGAUAUGUCAAAACAAUUUGAUUGCAAUUCAAUAAAGUUAUCAUUGAUUGAAGCAUGUGCCUAUUUUGGAUCUGUUAACAUUUUCCAUUUCUUACUUUCAAAUCAAAUAUGCCAAAAAACACAGAAUUGUCUUUGCUACUCAAUAAUUGGCCGAAAUACAGAUAUUAUCAACGAAUGUUUGAAAGAUAAUGAAAUAAACAUUGAUUGUCUCAAACACAUUGUAAGUUCACAUAAUAAUGAAAUGCUUGGAUAUAUCCUUGAAUUUAAAUAUUUCGUAUUUGAACAAUGGAUUCAAAGCAUCAAGACAUCUGAUGGUUUUAAAUAUAUUAUCAAAUAUCAAAACUUAAAGGCCGUAUUUUUGCUUUUCGAGAAGGAUAAAUAUUCUAUUGUUCCAUGGUGUGCAGCAUUUCCACAAACAAUUGAUAUUCUCAGAAACAAUGAAUUUUAUGAUAAAACAGAUUAUCGUAAUAGGAAUAUUAUACAUUUCGCAUGUAAAUCGCAAAAUUCUGAUAUUUGCAGAGUAUUACUUGCCUCGUCUAAUAAAUUUAGAGUCAAUUGCAUGGACAAUAAGAAAAUGACUCCACUCCAUUACGCCACAAAAUUGAAUAAUAAAGCUAUAGUUGAAUUUCUUCUUUCAUAUGGCGCAAAUAUCAAUGAAAGAGAUAAAAAUGGAAAAACUACUCUUCAUUAUGCAUCAGAAAAUAAUAAUAAUAAAGAAAUUGCAGAACUUCUUCUUUUUUAUGGUGCAAAUGUCAAUGAAAAAGAUGAUGAUGGAAAAACCGCUCUUCAUUAUGCAUCAGAAAAUGAUAAUAACGAAAUUGCAGAACUUCUUCUUUUAUAUGGUGCAAAUAUCAAUGAAAAAGAUAAAAAUGGAAAAACUGCUCUUCAUUAUGCAUCAGAAAAUAAUAAUAAAGAAAUUGCAGAACUUCUUCUUUUUUAUGGUGCAAAUGUCAAUGAAAAAGAUGAUGAUGGAAAAACCGCUCUUCAUUAUGCAUCAGAAAAUAAUAAUAAAGAAAUUGCAGAACUUCUUCUUUUAUAUGGUGCAAAUAUCAAUGAAAAAGAUAAAAAUGGAAAAACUGCUCUUCAUUAUGCAUCAGAAAAUAAUAAUAAAGAAAUUGCAGAACUUCUUCUUUUUUAUGGUGCAAAUGUCAAUGAAAAAGAUGAUGAUGGAAAAACCGCUCUCUAUAUUGCAUCAGAAAAUGAUAAUAAAGAAAUUGUAGAACUUCUGCUUUUAUAUGGUGCAAAUGUCAAUGAAAAAGAUGAUGAUGGAAAAACCGCUCUCCAUAUUGCAGCAAAAUUUAAUAGAAACGAAAUGGCAGAAUUUCUUCUUUCACAUAGUGCAAAUAUCAAUGAAAGAGAUAAAGAUGGAAGCACUGCUCUCCAUAUUGCAGCACAAAAUAAUAAAAAAGAAACAGCAGAAGUUCUUCUUGUAUCUGGUGCAAAUAUCAAUGAAAAAGAUAAUCAUGGAAACACCGCUCUCCAUAUUGCAGCAUUACAUAAUAGAAAAAUUUUAAUUGAACUUCUUAUUACACAAGGUGGAAAUAUCAAUGGAAAAGAUAAAGAUGGAAAAACUCCUCUCUAUAUUGCAACAGAAAAUAAUAAUAAAGAAGUAGCUGAAAUUCUUCUUAUAUAUGGUUCAAAUAUCAAUGAAAAAGAUAAUAAUGGAAAUACCGCUCUCUGUAUUGCAGCACUACAUGAUAGAAAGAAAACAGCAGAAUUUCUUAUGGAACAUGGUGCAAAUAUCAAUGAAAAAGAUAUUUAUGGAAACACCGCUCUCCAUAUUGCAGCAGACUAUAAUCAUAAAAAAAUAUUAGAACUUCUUCUUUUAUAUGGUGCAAAUAUCAAUGGAAAAGAUAAAGAUGGAAAAACUCCUCUCUAUAUUGCAGCACAACAUAAUUAUAAAGAAAUAUUAGAGCUUCUUCUUUCUCAUGGUGUAAAUAUUAAUGAAAAAGGUGAAUAUGGAAAAACAUCUCUCCAUAUUGCCGUACAAUAUGAUAGAAACAAAACAGCAGAAUUUCUUAUGGAACAUGGUGCAAAUAUCAAUGAAAAAGAUAUUUAUGGAAACACCGCUCUCCAUAUCGCAACAGAAAAUCAUAAAAGAGAAACAGCAGAAGUUCUUCUUUCAUAUGGUGCAAAUAUCAAUGAAAAAAGAUAUUUAUGGAAACACCGCUCUCCAUAUUGCAACAUUUUAUAA